UCAACUUCACUAGCUCCUAUUAACCGGCCCAGGAUGGCAGAGCUAGGAGUGUUUGCUGCAAGGAGACAAGAAGAUACAACCAGAGAAUCAGGCUUCGCCUACACCAACAGCAAUCAUACCAAAGAUCCUUUUGAGGGCCCCAACUACCACAUUGCUCCAAGAUGGGUGUACAAUAUCUCAACACUCUGGAUGCUCUUUGUGGUCGUCGCCUCAACCUUCACCAACGGCCUGGUACUGGUGGCCACUGCCAAAUUCAAGAAGCUCCAACAUCCUCUCAACUGGAUCCUGGUCAACCUGGCAUUUGCCGACAUUGCGGAGACUCUUUUGGCGAGCACCAUCAGCGUUUGCAACCAGAUGUUUGGCUACUUUAUUCUUGGACACCCAAUGUGUGUAUUUGAGGGAUUCACCGUCGCCACAUGUGGUAUUGCUGGUCUGUGGUCUCUGGCUGUCAUCUCCUGGGAGAGAUGGGUGGUGGUGUGUAAGCCCUUUGGAAAUGUCAAGUUUGAUGCUAAAUGGGCCAUGGGAGGUAUAAUCUUCUCCUGGGUCUGGUCUGCUUUCUGGUGCGCCCCUCCUAUCUUCGGCUGGAGCAGGUACUGGCCUCAUGGACUGAAAACGUCCUGUGGACCUGAUGUGUUCGGAGGUAAUGAGGAUCCUGGAGUCCUGUCAUACAUGAUCGUUCUCAUGAUUACAUGUUGCUUCCUGCCCCUGGGAGUGAUCGUCUUCUGCUACCUGUUUGUGUGGAUGGCCAUCCGUGCCGUUGCCGCGCAGCAGAAAGACUCUGAGUCAACGCAGAAGGCUGAGAAGGAAGUAUCCAGGAUGGUUGUUGUCAUGAUUUUUGCUUACUGUGUAUGCUGGGGACCUUACACAGCCUUUGCCUGCUUUGCUGCGGCUAACCCUGGGUAUGCUUUCCACCCUCUGGCUGCUGCUCUGCCUGCCUACUUUGCCAAAAGCGCCACCAUCUGGAAUCCAGUGAUCUAUGUCUUCAUGAAUAAACAGUUCCGUACGUGCAUCAUGCAGCUCUUUGGCAAGGUAGAAGAAGAUGGCUCGGAGGUGUCUACAUCAAAAACAGAGGUUUCCACCGUGGCACCUGCAUAAACCCCCAGACAACGUUGUACCUCUUGGAAACAAAUUAUGAACGUUCUGAGAUAUUCCACAUGGGACUUUUUCAAAUGUACAGUACAAAUUCUCAGGAGAAUAUUAAG